GACGAUGGCCGGAGAAGAAGAGCGGCAUAGAUUACCAGAAAGACAGCAAGGAAGAACAGGCUGAUCUUGACAAACAAAGCUUUAGGAAUGGCCUUCCUCAUCAUUCGAAGAUAAAGUUUUUACCCAUCUGUGCAGAUAUGGCCGAUAUGGAAGUACAUGGCCAUGAAUAUGAUAGUCCCUCCUCAACCUGCGAAGAAGGAGAGCCGCCAAGUCUGCUACUGAACCAAGAAAGAAGACUCAUACUGGUCCUACCGGGGAGACCAGACUAUUGAGGGGGCUCUUCAUGCUCCUACGAUAUCUUGGAUCAGGGUUGCAAGGUCUUCAGUUUCUCUUCCUUUAGGCACCACGGUCAUGCCCUACCUAGUGUUGGAUCUUCCUCGGCACAUUCAUUCACAUGGCCGGAUCACCUACGAGGUGGUGAAGCACAUCCCUAUGCCGGCCGACUACAAUAGAGCCUCCUCCCUGACUGUCAUGGAGCAUGUCCGGCAUCUGAGUUCCCUCAUCAUGCAAGGGAUUGCUUGGUUUCAUAUUGAGAAAACUGUGGCAAAGGAGACGGCUGAUGCUGCUGAGGAAACGGAGGCCAAGCUUAAGGGGGAGCUGGCGGAGGCCCAAAUCAAGAUAGAGAGGCAGAAGUCUGCUCGGGUUGUCGAUCUGGCUGAGUGGAAGGGUAUAAAGUAGGCGUGGGGGAUUCAAGGCGUCAGAGAUGAAGGUCAUGGAAGAGUUC